CAAACACUUUCACUUUCUGCUUUGCCAUGUGAUUUCAAGGAACUGCUAUGAUGUUAUCUCAAAGAAAUCCUGUGUCAUGUGCUAUAAAUAUUAGCAGAGAGCUUUCAUUUGCCAUUUGGACCUCUGGAGGUGGACAGAAGAUACAGAAAUCAACGCUCAGUGAAAUAACAGCAGAUCCAAAUCAACAUGAUGUCCAGGUUUUGCUUCUGGCAGAACAAGAAGAAGAAGAAGAAGAAGAAGAAGAAGGAGAAAGAAAGAGCAUGUGAUAGUGAAGAUAAUGAAGAAAGAUUUAAUAUGGAGCAAACUUCAGUUCCUGUCACAUCACAAGUUAAAACCACUAAAGACAAGAACAGCACAGACCACAGUCCUAAAACAAAUACCUCAGGAAGAGAAAAUCAGGCGGAUGAUGAACACAAGAAAUCUGGACAGAAUGGCGCAGAUCAGAGUGAGGCGAGGGUCCUGGUCAUAAACACUGGUGGAACCAUUGGAAUGACGUAUCAUAAUAACGUUCUGGCUCCAGAACCUAAUGCUUUUGUUGAAACUCUACGUAAACUCUCUAUUCUGCAUGAUGAGCAGUACGGUUCACCUCAGGAGAACACGCUGGUGCUGCCACUGUCCAAACUCAAUAAAAGGAUUGUAUAUACAGUUUUAGAGUACUCUCCCCUUCUCGACUCCUGUAAUAUGAAGACAGAUGACUGGGCCAGAAUUGGAAAAGACAUUGAGAGUCGCUAUGAGCAAUAUGAUGGUUUUGUCGUUCUGCAUGGCACAGACACUAUGGCUUACACCGCUUCUGCCUUAUCCUUCAUGUGUGAGAAUCUGGGAAAGCCUGUCAUCUUCACUGGCUCACAGGUGCCCAUCUAUGAGAUGAGGAAUGAUGGGAGGGAGAACCUCUUGGGGGCGCUGUUAAUAGCAGGACAGUAUGUCAUCCCUGAGGUUUGCCUGUAUUUUCAUCAUAAGCUGUUCAGGGGCAAUCGUGUCACCAAAGUGGACCCUGGAAGCUUUAACGCAUUUAUCUCACCAAACCUGCCGCCAUUAGCACAAUGCAAUGUCGAUUCUUUAGUUAACUGGGAUAUUGUGUGGCGAGCCAAUACAACUGCCACAUUCCGUGUCAACACACAAUUGAACCCUAAUGUGGGUCUCCUACGACUCUUCCCAGGAAUCACUGCUGAUAAAGUCAAGGCCUUCUUGCAGUCUAUGGAUGGGAUCGUAUUGGAGACCUAUGGCAGCGGUAACGCCCCUGACAACGACAUCGAGCUGCUGGAUGAGAUUCGUAAAGCGUCGGAGAGAGGACUCAUCAUGAUCAACUGCACUCAGUGCCUCCAGGGUACGGUCACAACCUCAUACGCCACUGGCCAGGCUCUGAGUGAUGCCGGUUUGGUCGCUGGGUUUGAUAUGACCACAGAAGCUGCUCUUUCAAAACUCUCCUAUGUGCUGGGAAAACAAGACCUCACUCCAGAUGAGAAGAAGGAGGUAUGGAAAAUGUCUAUUAAAAAAUACAUUUAAACCAUAUUUGGUUCAAUAACAUACCUGUUACGACCACCAGCUGGAGUGCCCUUGAGGGCCACUAGGAGGCACUCCACUCCAUCACAGACUGUUACCAUCCCAUCUACAUUCCCCAGCAUCAUUUGCCCUGUAUCAGCACUGAUCAUCUGCAGCUGUUUCUCAUUAGUUUGUUAGCCAUGUCUAUAAAAAGCCUGGUUCAUGCACUUAAGCCGAGUUCAGACUGCACGAUGUUCAAAGUAGUCAAGUCACUGUUCUUUUCACACUGCA